GUGCCACUUCUCUCCCAUAAUGGAGCCAACUUGCCCAGUUUCUGAUUCAAAGAAGGAUUGAUAGAUAUUUCAUUGAUUUAUUUCAUUGGCUGUUGGAUUGGGACCCAGGACAGCUCAGUUGAAACCAGUAGACUUUCAAACCACAGUUCAAACCAUCGCAAGGGACGUGAUUGGCCAGAUGGGACCGAGUAGAAUGGACUUUGUUUGUUUUGUUUCCUUGGAGAUGAGAUAGAAUGUUGGGAAAGGUGGCUGGUCAGUUGAGGUGUUGAGUGGCAUUGGUCGGUUGAGGUGGUGAGUGGCAGUGUUCAGUUGAGGUGUUGAGUGGCAGUGGUCAGUUGAGGUGGUGAGUGGCAGUGGUCGGUUGAGUUGGUGAGUGGCAGUGGUCGGUUGAGUUGGUGAGUGGCAGUGGUUGGUUGAGGUGGUCAGUUGAGGUGGUCAGUUGAGGAGAUCACUUGUUGUGGUUGUUUGCGGUGGAGAGAUUUCGAGAGCGAGAGCGGUCUUGACAAGACAGGCGCCUACGACAUCGAUUCCCUUCUAGGCAUAUUUGCCAUUUGCGCUGUUCUCUUGACUUUUUUGCCUAUUUCUUAGUCAUGGUAAGUGUUGUUAAAACGGGACCUACUACUGCUUUGAAAUGGGAUGAGCUUUUAAAACUAACGUGGCUGCUUUCUCCUUACCCUUCAUUUAUAGGUUACUUAGUUUUUCAGUUCUCUCUGAGUGAGAUUCAAGGGGAUUUUGGAACAAAAUAAUAAAAAUAUCCUUGAGAUGUGGAAAGGAAUGAAAGGCUUUGUAAUGAAUAUGCGAGUAAAAGGAAAAUGUGGCAAUUUAUACAUGUUAAGAUUUUUGAAUAGGAGGUUGGUGGCUUGUCCAUGGUUUCAGGCACUGGGGAUGACUCUUCAACGGGUUUGGUGAUUUAGUUUAAACUGUCCAAGGUACGGAACCUAUUUUGGAAUCGGGGCUCAGCACCUUGGGUAGCUCUUUUAAAAUCCAGAUUAAAGCUAAAUUAAAUUCACGAUGUGCGGUGUGGAUUUCUGCUGCCUCUUUUUUUGGCCGUCCCAAAAAUCCCAGCAUCUUUGGAUGACUGCAUAUUUGAAUAUUUGAAAAGGGGAAGGAAACACUUUCAACAUCCCAUGUAGACAUUGAUGAACUUCUUAUCCAUUCUCUUCCUAAUCCUUGGAAGCUUUCACCCAAAAGAUAUGAUUUUGGAAACAGUUCAAGGAAAAACCUAUCGAGAAGGUGCCCUAAAAUAAUUUUCCAAGGCAUAGUGGAUCAUUUUGCCCCAAUUUCACUUGGCCUUCAUCGUCUUUUGGAGGUUGUUUGUUGGCCUUUCCCAGAGCCUGAGUGUGACUUCCUCCAAGUCUUCCUGUGACCUCUUUCAAGAUUUUAGAGCAGUGGUUCUCAACCUGGGUCCCCAGAUGUUUUUGGCCUUCAACUCCCAAAAAUCUUAACAGCUGGCUGGGGUUUCUGGGAGUUGUAGGCCAAAAACAUCUGGGGUCCAGGUUGAGAACCACCUCAGUUUUAGAGGCUGUGUUGUAAGACUAGAGAGCUAUGUGGUAUAGUGGUUUGAGUGUUGGAUCAGGAUGCAAGGAGACCAGGGCUCAAAUCCCCAUUUGUUUUGGCCAUAGCAACCCACUGGGUGACUCUGGGCAAUACUGGAGGGAAUUGGGUGCCUGAGACCAUAAGAAAUACGUGUUUUCUGAUGGUCUUUGGAGACCCUUCUGAAAUCUCCUAAUUAUAAUAACAAUUAUAAUAAUAAUAGUUUUAUUCGGAAGGUCAUCCUACUCGGACACGAGUGAUUGCCGAUGACAUGAAUAGUUUUAUUUCCCCCCCGCCUCUCCUGAUGGCUUGAGGGGGGUUAUAGCAUGACUAAAGCGUAAACAAACACAUCAUCAUUUUAAAACAAUCUAUUAUAUAUAUAUAUAUCAAAACAUAUUUCGACAAAACAAAACUUGCAUACAGUAUUUGAAUACAUCAUUUAAAAUGUGAUAUAGCAGGCUGUCCUACCUGUGAACACAAUUUUUUGCAGUUUAAUACACUUUUCCCCAUUUUAAUGAUAGAACCAAUUCAUAUUAUUAAUAUUAAUAUUAAUGCCCCUUUUUAUCUCCCCGGAAGGGGACCUUUUGUUUAUUUCUUCAUAGAAUGGGAAUUCCACCAAGCAGAGUUAAGGCUCCUUCUUCCGCUAUUUUCUUGCAUCGGGGUGAAAUUCGGUCAUGUCCCCGAUUUUGCUUUAGGACUCACCGGCGUGUUUUUCUUCUUUUGCAGCCGAAAGGCAGUGAGACCAAAUCUGGAAGAAAAGGCAAGAGUCCUCAGGGCCCUGUCCCCGGUACAUCCAGGAGCAAGCCCAUCCAGAGCGGCGAAGACAAACUGCAUGACUUGGACCCGGAGAGCUUCAACAUAUGCAAAGAGAGGAUGCGGCCGGUGAAGAAAGCGCUGAAGCAGCUGGUCAAUCCGAAGAGAGGGCUGUCUGAGAAGGAUCAGGUGGAGCACAUCCGGAGGUGCCUCCUGGAGAUCGGUGACCACAUCUCCGAGUGCUUGAAGGCGUUCUCGGAGCAGGAGGAGCUCAAGCUCUGGAGAGGGAACCUCUGGAUCUUUGCCUCCAAGUUCACAGACUGUGAUGCGAGGAAGCUGCACAACCUGUACAAGAGGGUGCACAAGAAGCGGUCCCAGGAGGAGGAGUGGAAACAGCAGAAGAAAGAAGAGGCCACCGGAGCCAAGAAGAUGUUUCGCCCGGAGCACUGUGGGUCCAGCUUGGAUUCCGUUUUGUCUCCCUUGCCCAACGCCACUUCAGCUCCUGCUCCUGCUCCUGCUCCUGCUCCUGCUCCUGCUCCUGCUCCUGCUCCUGCUCCUGCUCCUGCUCCUGCUCCUGCUCCUGCUCCUCCUCCUCCUCCUCCUCCUCCUCCUCCUCCUCCUCCUCCAAAGGUCCACCAUCCACAGCCCCAUCCUUCUCAGAUACAUGGGCAACAGUGUGACAACUACAGCUACCCGAAGAAAAGGCCUUUCAGUAAUUCGGACCGAAGCGACUGGCAGCGGGAGCGCAAGCUCAGCUACGGCGGCAACUCCAGGCAAGGACGGGGUGGAGAACGGCACCAUCCGUACGAGCAGCACAGGCACAAGGAGCACCACGAUGGAGACCGCCGCCCACGCGAGGAACCUCAUUGCAGCUCGGAGAGCUACCAGCCCAAGACCCCCUCUCGCAAGCGGCCCCAUGAGCAGGACAACAGUGACCGGGACCACCGGGGCCACCGUGACUCCUAUGACCAGUGAGAAUUAACUUCUCUUGUUCUCGGGAUUCAGCAUUCAACAGGCUUCGUGUCCCUUCUCUCAUCCAAGAGCUUGGGGAAGUUACUUUCUAGGACUACAGCUCUCUGAACCCAGUUGGCCAUUGUGUCAAAUGAGGCUGAAUUGAAUGGUGGGUCAAAAUGGAUCUUGUCAUGAAUUGUGUUGCUGAGGCUUGGAUAAGUCAUAAGCUUGGUGAUAAAAGUGCCAGCUGCCUUUUUAAGAGCAGGGGGUGUCCUCCAAAUGUUGCUAAGCAGGACUCCUUCAGGUUCAGUCCAAGAACAUCUAGAUUUACAGGAAUGUGAUUCCUAAGACCUCAAAGGGGGCCAUGUUGCUGAGUGGCUUCUUCUGAUUCCUCUCUGCGGUUGUCUCUUGUCCUGUCCAGGCACCACCAUGAUCCCAAGCGGCGAAGAACCGAAGAGAUCCGUCCUCACCAGCAAGAAUUCAGGCGGAUGUCGGACCCCAUCGGCUACCACGGCCAGGGGCCUUCAGACCACCACCGCUCUUUCCGCCCGGAGAAGUCUGGUGAUUCUAAGAUGUCCUCUGCUCCUCCCUCCAAGUACUACGAUCCUCGCUCCCCACAUGCACAGAAAGCCCCACAUGAAGCCAUGUCUGUCUUUGAACACCGGUCCCCCCUGCAAGGGUUAUAUAGGGAUCAGAAGAUCAGUCCUGGAUAUAACUGGCACAGCCGGAAGACAUAAGAACCCGGAGAUUAGAUUUAUUUAUUUUCUCUUUUUGUAGGUAGUCUGUCAGUAGUUUCCAGUCCGUUCUAUGAAUUGAUGUUCUAUCCUGGGCCAAUUUUUGUGUCAGGAAGUCCACAUUCAUUAUGUCCAACACUUUAGAAAUCCAUUUUUCAAUACUAGGUAUUUUAUCCUUUGUAAUUGCAUAGAUCACUAAACCUUUACUUUUUAAGGUUGCCUUCUCAAUAGUCAUUUUUUAUAUACAUAUUUAUUUUCUCUUUUUGUAGGUAAUCUGUAAGUAGUUUCCAUUCCGCUCUAUUAAUUGAUGUUCUAUCCUGGGCCAAUUUUUGUGUCAGGAAAGCCAUAUUCAUUAUGUCCAAGUCUUUAGAAAUCCAUUUUUCAAUACUAGGUAUUUCUUGAAAUUUCCAUUCCUGUGCCAGAGUAGCCGCUGUUGUAAAAUAGAAUAUAAUCCUAUCUGUGUUUUUAUCUACCUGUGGAUUUGUGAUUCCCAAUAAAAAUAUUUAUGAUUUAAA